CAGGUAGAAUCCUGAUGAAGCGAACACUGCAGUGGCUACAGAUGAUACCUUCAGCAGUUGAACAGCCAUGUGAGGAGCUGCAAAAAGACAGAGAUCCAUCAACAUUAUCACUGAGCAGCUGCCUCUGUACUGUAGAAAGGUCACGAGAUGACGGCAAAGAUGGCAGCCUCCAUAGUGGAGCAUGGAGAAGAUGCUUUUAGAAAAUUGUUCAAGUUUUACAAGAGGAGAAAUCCUCCUCCAGACUUCAGUGAGGUCAUUCAUUUCUCCAAACCUUGUAAUGACAAGGUUUUUGCCUAUGAACUUAACUCCACUCCUAUAAGCGAGGGAGAUGUUUCCAAAGCUGGUCUUCGGCCGGUAAAAGACUGGAGGGCAUUUGGUCUUCAUGGAUAUCCAGGGUUUAUCUUUAUAUCCAACCCAUUCCUGCCGGGUUCUCAGCAGUACUGGGUAAAGCAGUGUCUGAAGAUCUAUCCUCAAAAACCCAACGUGUGUAACCUGGAUAUGCAUAUGUCGUCUGUGGAGACUGAAAACAUCUGGGAAAAAAGUAUAGAAGUUAUUCGGAAGAAAGGCUGUGGGAAAAGAGAGCCCAAAACUCUGUUAGAAAAACUGCGCUGGGUAACACUGGGUUACCACUAUGAUUGGAACUCCAAGACUUACUCUCCAGACCACUACACUCCCUUCCCCAAGGAACUUCACUCGCUUUCUCACAAAGUGGCAGCAGCCUGUGGCUUUCCUGGCUUCAACGCAGAGGCGGGCAUUCUCAACUACUACCGAUCUGAUUCCUCGCUUGGAAUCCAUGUUGACGAAUCAGAGCUCGACCAUACCCGACCUUUGUUUUCAUUCAGUUUUGGGCAGACUGCUGUUUUCCUGUUGGGCGGGACUAAAAGGGAAGACCGGCCCACAGCCAUGUUCAUGAACAGCGGUGACAUAAUGGUGAUGUCAGGACCCAGCCGCCUACUGUAUCACGCAGUACCCUGCAUCGUCCCCGCUGGAAACGUGCUACCACCUGACCUGGGCCAGAGAUUAGAGACAGAGGCACAGGACGAUAACUUAAUCCAAAGCGUGUCAGAAGAGGAUUGGGACGUUUGCUCCUGGUACUUGCAGACGUCUCGGGUAAAUGUGACCGUUCGACAAGUACUUGCUUCUGGUCAGACUUUUCCAAGUUCACAGGCAUCACAUUUGUCAACGGACAGCUGUGAGAAAUCAGAGGAAGGAACUCAAAAAAAUAAGAAGAGGAAAAGCGAAUCUGGCUAUGAGCAUGACACCUAAUGUGCCUGUUUUGAAUGUCAUCCAAGUUUUAUUUAUGAAAAUGCUCCUGCUAUUAAAAAUUGUACAUAUAACUGCAAAUGAAUGCAUUUGGUGAUCACUUCCCAGAUAAUGACUCUUCGUUCCAGAGCAGGUGUUGCAAAUACGCAACCACUUAUGCAUCAAGUCAACUCGGCUUAAAGCGUAGUUCUAAAUUUUACCCUGUCAUGACCAACUUCACACACAAUACUUCUCAGUCUGCAGGACGGCAGUGACAUUCAGUCCAGUCUGUUGUGAGUCGUGACAGUUUGCCAGGCGCAGGUCUGUUGAUUUAAGGCUGGUUGCCAUGUUUGCUCACUCAGGGCUGUAACACUAAACAGAGCUGACCUUCAGAGGAAAACCAGGGAGACGGCGUAUAAUCUUUUUAAUCUGGUCAAGCGGUGUCACGACAUGUCAAAGCCAGUGUGAGAUUGCCUAUGACAAGUUCCCCGAGGGACCCAGGUUGACACUGCCAUUGUGACUGAAAACACUGGGGGCCGGCGUUACCAUGGUGAUAAAACACUUCUGUCACUGCGUCUGCCUCUCGUGAAAUGCUAUCAAAAGUUCAUGUCUGCAUGUGAGAUUUGUAAGAUUAAUGUUUCUGGUCUUUUACAUGCUGUAAAAACAUAAAUGCUAGGCAGCGUUUAUCAGUCUGUCUUUUUUUGUCGUGGUACUGUCAAGGGACAUACGAGUUGUUACCUGGUUUGCAAAAAUGGUACUGAAUGAUUACAUUAUAUUGUGGUACACCAAGAAUAAAUACUGUGAUAUGGUUAGAAUACUAUGGUAUUGACACACUACUACUUGUCCAAAUAAAUGUGAUUUCACAAUUUCCAAAACAACAUAAGACUAUUGUGAUUUAUAGGCUAUCAUGGUUUCUGUAUCAUAGUAUUUACAUGGUACUUAAAAGCACAUCAUGGUCCCUAUCCCAAAAAAAGAAAGAAAGAAAACAUACUGUGGUAAUUUGAUACCGUUGUAUGUUGUCAGAUGGUAAUAAUCAAAAUAUUUUGUGGUACUGACAUUCUUAAUUUUUUAUAUAAUACUUUCAAGAAUAUCAUCAGUGUAACAAAGUCUCAACCUUUAACUUAAAAAAAAUAAAAAUAAAAUAAAUAUUUAUCAAACACAUGGGGUCAG